UUGCUACGAAACUGUUCAGUGUUGUUCUAUCUAUGUUAAACAUACGUGUUCGCUGCUUGUAUACAGUGUACACACUCUUUUCUUUUGUGAAUUAGCAUUUGGUUGCACGUUUCUCUUGCAACACCGUCAAAAUGCAAAUCUUCGUGAAAACCUUGACUGGCAAGACCAUCACCUUGGAGGUGGAGCCCUCUGACACCAUCGAGAAUGUCAAGGCUAAGAUCCAGGACAAGGAGGGAAUUCCCCCAGAUCAACAGCGUCUGAUCUUCGCUGGCAAGCAGCUGGAGGAUGGCCGCACUCUGUCCGACUACAACAUCCAGAAGGAGUCGACCUUGCACUUGGUGCUGCGUCUGCGUGGUGGUAUCAUUGAACCAUCUCUGCGUAUCCUAGCCCAGAAGUACAACUGCGACAAGAUGAUUUGCCGCAAAUGCUACGCACGUUUGCAUCCACGUGCCACCAACUGCCGCAAGAAGAAGUGUGGACACACAAACAACCUGCGCCCCAAGAAGAAGUUGAAGUAGAUGAUUCGCAUUUCCAUUUGCAGUUUACUGUUCGAACGCCCGCCCAAAACAUCAUCUUUGGACAUUUAAUUGUCUGGGCGCUUUUUAAGAUCAUCGUCUAUUCAAUUAAGUAAAUAUAAAUUUGUAAAUUUAUCAAGAUGAUUAAGAGCGAAAUGUAUUUACUUGCUGAAAGGCGCUUCGUA